AUGAAGACCAGAUUUAAUACUUAUGAUAUUGUGUGCAUGGUGGCCGAAUUGCAAAGGCUGGUUGGCAUGAGGGUUAAUCAAGUUUAUGAUAUAGACAAUAAAACUUAUGUUAUUCGCCUGCAAAGGUCUGAAGAAAAGUCAGUUUUAUUAUUAGAAUCUGGUAAUAGAUUUCAUACUACACAGUUUGAAUGGCCAAAGAAUGUUGCACCAUCAGGAUUUACUAUGAAGCUUCGUAAACAUCUCAAAAACAAGCGUCUCGAGAAACUUUCUCAGCUCGGUAUAGACAGAAUAGUGGAUCUCCAAUUUGGUAGUGGAGAAGCUGCAUAUCAUGUUAUACUGGAACUGUAUGACAGAGGUAAUAUUGUACUAACAGACUAUGAAUGGACCAUAUUAAAUGUUUUGAGGCCACAUGUAGAAGGAGAUAAAGUAAGAUUUGCAGUAAAAGAGAAAUAUCCUUUAGAUAGAGCUAAAACAACCUACGAAGCACCAAAUGUUGAUACCUUAAAGGAAAUACUUGGAAAAAGCAAACCUGGAGACAAUCUCAAAAAGAUAUUAAAUCCAAAUUUAGAAUAUGGUGCAGCUGUAAUAGACCAUGUCUUAUUAGAGAAUGGGUUAUCAGGCAACAUGAAAGUAACUCAAGAUGCAAAUAAAGGUUUUUUUGUGGAAAGAGACAUAGACAAACUGUAUACAGCAUUAAAGCAGGCUGAAAUGUUGAUUGAAAGUGGACAAAAUCAGGUGUCAAAGGGUUACAUAAUUCAAAAGAAGGAAGAGCGACCAAACCCAGAAGGCGGUGGUCCCACAUUCUUUUUUACAAAUCAAGAUUUCCAUCCAAUGUUAUAUGCGCAAACCAAAGAUCUGCCUCACACAGAGUAUGAAACUUUUGACCGAGCAGUCGAUGAGUUCUAUUCUGCGUUAGAAGGACAAAAGAUUGACUUAAAGACCAUUCAAGUAGAAAAAGAAGCAAUGAAAAAAUUGCAAAAUGUAAGGAUAGACCACGAUAAACGCAUCACAGAGCUGGAGAAAGUUCAGUUGGAAGAUAGGAAGGCGGCUGAAAUGAUAUCCAGAAAUGAACCGCUGGUGGAACAAGCCAGGAUGGCCAUACAGGCUGCUUUAGCAAAUCAGAUGUCUUGGGACGAUAUCCAAUUGUUAGUAAAAACGGCGCAAGACAACAAUGAUCCCAUAGCUUCUUCGAUUAAGCAACUCAAACUUAACACCAAUCAUAUCACAAUGCUGCUGAAAGAUCCAUAUGAUGAUGAUGAUGAUAGUGAUGGUGAUGGUGAUGACCGUGCUAAUAGACUGAAGCCGAUGAUGGUUGACAUCGACUUGUCGUUGACAGCUUUCGCUAAUGCUCGAAGAUAUUAUGACCAAAAGCGUCACGCUGCAAAGAAACAACAGAAGACUCUGGAGUCAGCGGACAAAGCUCUUAAAAGUGCUGAAAGGAAAACGAAACAAACGUUGAAAGAAGCGCACACUAUCAGCAGUAUUACCAAGGCUAGGAAAACGUAUUGGUUCGAGAAGUUCUAUUGGUUUAUAUCUUCUGAUAAUUUCUUGGUGAUAGCGGGUCGCGACCAGCAACAGAACGAGCUGCUGGUGAAGCGCUACAUGCGCGCCACGGACGUGUACGUGCACGCGGAGGUGACCGGCGCCUCCUCCGUGCUCGUCAAGUGCCCCAGCGCUCCGCCCCCCAGGACCCUCAGCGAGGCGGGGCAGGCCGCCGUCGCGUACAGUGUUGCCUGGGAGGCUAAGGUGCUAACCAGAGCGUGGUGGGUCUACGGGCACCAAGUGUCCAAGUCAGCCCCCACCGGGGAGUACCUCACUACCGGCUCUUUCAUGAUCCGGGGGAAGAAGAAUUAUUUGCUGCCAGAACAUCUGCAGUUUGGAUUCAGCUUUAUGUUUCGGCUAGAAGACAGUUGUAUAGAGAAACACCGCGACGAGAGGAAAGCCAUUGUGGCGGAGGACUCCACCUCUGAAGUCACUUCUACACAGGAUACUGAGGAGGAACAGGAGAUCGUUGUUUCUGAUGAUGAUGAAGCUUCUGAUAAAGAAGAAUCUAAACAAAAGCACACUCUAGAGACAAUUACCGAAGAAGCUUACGUGAAAAAACUGAAUAAAGAUAAUAAGAAUGUAAAUAAAAUAAAAGAAGAUAAACAAUCAGAAAUUAAAGAAGAAAUAAAAGAAAAUAUAACAGAGAAAGAGGAUAAGAAAGAAGAAGGCCAUUCGGACAGUGAUAGUUCUGAUGAUGGGAUUCUUGAUACCCACAUUAAGGUGGACCACGGAACCGGAAAAGUUACUAUUGAGUCAAAAACAAGAACAAUGUCAGAAAUGUCAGACAAAAGUGAAGACAGACCUCUAUCGUUCCCCGCGUUACCGAAAAAAGGUAAUAAGAAGCCUCAAAAAGAACAAAUUAAAAAAGAACAGCAGCCCAAAAAAGAAGAGAAGCCGGGCCUAAAACGCGGACAGAAGAGCAAAAUGAAGAAGAUAAAAGAGAAGUAUAAGGACCAAGAUGAAGAAGAUAGAGCCAUAAUAAUGGAGUUGUUACAGCCAAACAAAAGCGCGAAGGAAUCUAAGAAGGCACAAAAGCAAGCGGUCAAAGGCAAGAGUAAAUCAGGUCCGAAGGCCCCCAAGAUCCCUCAACCUGCCCCUAUUAUAUUGGAGGCGGAGUCUGAUGCUGAGGAACCAGAGCCUGAACAAGAGGUGGACCCCUCGGCUCAAGAUGCGGACACGGAAAUGUUGUGCCAACUGACCGGAAAUCCAUUCCCGGAAGAUGAACUUUUGUUUGCAGUCCCGGUCGUCGCACCGUAUUCUGCUGUACUUAAUUAUAAAUUCAAAGUAAAACUGACACCCGGUAGCAAUAAAAGGGGAAAAGCAGCCAAAACGGCAGUGCAAGUGUUCCUGAAAGACAAAAAUAGUUCCAACCGAGAGAAAGAUCUUCUAAAAGCUGUGAAAGAAGAAAAUAUUGCGAGAAAUUUCCCCGGCAAAGUGAAACUGUCCGCACCUCAGUUACAUAAACAUAAGAAA